AUGAACACGGCAUUAGUAGUCACUCGAGCGCGACUUCAAUAUGUCACUGUAGUGAGGUACCUACUAUCAAAUUUGGCGGGAUUUCAAAAUUUUGAACUGGAGCGCGAAGUCCGCACUCGAUCAGCGCACACCAUACAAAACCCAAGUGUAGUGCGCGACGAACGCGACAGGCAGCGCUCAAGUCAGAAGCCGACACCGAUGACGAUGGAUGCGGCGCUAUCGGACCGUAAGCGCAAGGCGGACGCCUUCGAGUGGGAGGCGUCCAAGGAGAAUGUGAUGCCGCUCAAGCGCGGCCGCAACGUGGCGGACCUGAACAAGGCUCUCCGCGCGCACGACUCAUUCCAGACCAAAUUGCGACUCGAGGACGAACUCAAGGCCAAGCAGGAUGCUGUCGAGGCCUACAACGGAGACGAUCCGCUCGCCGCGUGGCUUGAAUACAUACGCUGGCUGGAGGUCAAAAUGCCCGAAGAUACGCGCAAGAAGUUUACUGCACUGGAGAAGUGCACGCGAGAGCUCAAGGAUAACCCGCACUACAAGAACGACAUGCGAUACAUCCGAUUAUGGAUCCAAUACGCGGACUUGGUGUCCAACCCCAAGGACAUUUUCAAGUAUCUUUACCAGAACAAGAUCGGUGAGCGCGUCUCGCUCUUCUACAUCGGAUGGGCCUACGUCCUCGAGACGAUGGCCAACUACCCACAAGCACACAAGAUUUAUUUAAAGGCCGGCCAGAAGAACGCGGAGCCGCAGGACCUUUUGGAAAGAAAGUACAAGGAAUUUCAGAGACGCAUGAGUCGCCAGUGGCUGAGGAUGACCGAGGAGACGGGAGCUAAUGGGAUCGAUGAGCGGCAGCAGCUUCACCAGCAUCGAGCAUCUGCUCGGGUCCAGCGUAUCCAGAAAGCGAACGCGCACAAACCGCUUGGCACUAUGCAACAGCAGGACAAGGAGAAUGAGAUGGCGCCGAGUGCGUGGAAUACACUUGCAGCUCGUGGAGAAUCUGGAGCUGGAGCUGGUCGACAAUCUGACCGUCGAUCGCCGCCCGGGCGAAACAGUCGACCACAGGAUGCCAGCACUUUACAGGUUUUUGUGGAUGAAGAAUUUUCUGUGUCUGAAAGCGAACAGAAGCGACGAACACCUCUGACACAUCGUUCUCAAACGCUUCGACAGCGACUGGAUGGAGUGGCUACAGAGGAGGAAAUGCUUGCGCAGGAACCACUCAAGAAUUUCACUGCCAGCGACAAGAAGGCGCGUGCGCAGAAGCAGGUAACGAAAGGCAGAUCGGAAAAAUCUUGCUAUGACGUUGAACAGAUCACAUCCUCAACGGGCGACGCAAUUUCCUUUGAAGAAAUCCGAGCGAGCGCGUAUCAGCAGGCGGUGGAUAGACAUCGCGAGCUGGAGCAUCGCGCCCUGCACGACGUGACUCAUGAAGUCGACUCUGCAUCCAACGUAACUUUGUCCUUGUCGGCUGCUACUUCUUCAGUGACUGCAUCGGUAGCUUCUCACAGAGCCAACCCUUCAGCGCCGACCACAACAUCGUCAACUUCUCGUGAAGUAGAGAGUCCUGAGAGAAAACCAGCUCCUCUUGCUACUGCAGCGCAAACUGCCGCGGUAUCAACGCACAACGGUGAUCAAGAAGACAUGACUAUCAACACUCGCGUCGCAUUGGAGGACAUCAACAGCAUGUUUUGCAGCCCGCCACGACAGCCAAAACCUAGUGUGUGGGAUGCAAAGGAGGGUGAUCCGGUCGAGCGAAAGCUUCACUUCAGCGUAUUUGAAGACUCGGUCGAUAGCGUGGCAUUGAAUGCGCAGGAUCAGUCCCAGCGACAAGACAUAAAUGAGUCUAUCCCAAAGCAAACGUUCCAGGUUUUCAAAGAUGAUGCGUCCGCUGAGCCUCUGGUAGGAAGGAAGCAGGAUUUCCAGAUUUUCAGCGAUGGCGCACCCGAAGAACCUCGAACAGGGAAGGCAUUUCAGGUUUUCAGUGAUGAUGUUCCAGAAGAGCCUCGGACUGGAAAGACGAGUUGGAGUCAGAAGAGGAAGCCACUCGGUGCCCGAGAUGACCUGGUGUGCAGUGUGCGAUUAACGAACAAAGACGUUCUUAUGCGAGUUCAAAAGGAUGCCGCUGAGAAGGACUCGACGGAAAGCCGCUGGAUUCAAGGCACAACAAAGAACUUAGCACGAGAGGGAUCGUCGAGAAAUAUUACGCAGCCAACACCAAAGAGCGUCACUCAUCUCAGCACAAAAGUACCUGUGGCAGCACUCGUGUUGGACCCAUACACUUUUGAAAACCGGCAAAAUUUGAUUCUGGAUCGACGCGUCGACUGGUACUUGUGCUCGAGACCUGAUGCCGUCAAGCUCCAUUCACAAACUUUGCCGCGGGUCCCGUGUACUAACCCAGUCAAGCGGAAGUUGCCAAAGCCGAUUGUCUUCAAGGCCAGUACAACACUAACUGUCCAGCUGGUCGGAGUUUUGGGGUCGGGCUCCUUUGCGUAUGUCUUUUCAGCGAAGGUCGUUGAUACGACUAUCAACUCCACUCGCAAUAAGGCUGUUAAGAUUGAGAAGGAACGCCAGAAUCUAGCUUGGGAGUUUUACAUUACGAACAAGAUCAAGAAAAAACUGAGGAUUGAGAGAGGGAUUCCGGACGAGAAGAUUCCUGUUCCAACGUUAACCGAACUCCAUUUGUUCUCGAAUGGAGCUUUGCUCAUCAUGGAUAAGGGUCACGUUGGAACACUCUUCGACGUCCUAAAUUGCUACAAGCAGUGGGGUACUACAUUUCCGGAAGUAUUAGCUGUUUACUACGGUAUCAAGAUGCUGCGGUGCAUUGAGCUUCUUCACAGUGCAAAUGUUCUCCACGGUGAUAUCAAACCGGACAACUGGUUGAUGAUACCUGGGAAUCCUUCAUCCGAGUUGGAAUUGAUCAGCCAAGAACCGAAACUUGACAAAGUUUACCAGGCUGGUGACCUCUAUCUUAUUGACUACGGAAGAUCGAUCGACUUGAGUUUCUACCCGGAUGGAACAGUUUUCAGAGGCAGUUGCCACGCCAAAGGCUUUCAAUGUGUCGAGAUGCUUACGCAACGCCCAUGGACAUACCAGAUCGACACGUUUGCCUUUUGCGGGACAAUGCACUGCAUGCUCUUCGGGGAAUACAUGGAAGUCAAGCCCAAGCGUAACGCCAAGGGUGCAACGCAUUGGGGAAUUGUCAGGCAAUUCAAACGGUAUUGGCAAGUCGACAUGUGGGAAAACUUUUUCCACGUGCUUCUGAAUGUACACAGUUGCACGGAUCAACCCUCGUUGCUCAACCUUCGGAGGCGCAUGGAACGCUACUUCGUAUCCGAUCGGAGUCGUCAACAAGAGCUCUUCAAGCAGCUGAGUCGGCAGGAUAGUGUUCUCAGAAAGACAACUGUUUAGACAGAUCAAUGCUAAUCAAGGCAAUCAGAGUAAUGCUACAUGUCGUAUUCGAUCUUCAGGCGAGGUCAACUCAGCCCCCAGCAA